AUGUUGGUUUCAACUCUUGUCCGCCUUUUAUUAUGUUCGGCCGCGCUAUUCAGCAGUCACCUGGCUGUCGCUGUACCCGUCACGCCUGAUGAGGUUGAGGUCGACUCAUACGCCCUAGAAACCCCUACCGUCGCCGAGCCAGUCACGCCUGGGGAGUCCGGGGUCGGCAUAGACGCCAUUGAACCUCGACAAGCCGCCAACCAGCGACCAAUUUACGCCAUUGCCCAUCGAGUCCUGACUGCCCAGGGAGUGAGAGAUGCCCUCAAACACGGCGCGAACGCUAUAGAAAUCGACUUGUGUGCCUGGCGCAAGUGGAAUACGUGGCUGGCAGACCACGACUGCGCAACAGGGUCCAGUGCUGGCGAUUCCGCGGUUACGAUGUUUGAGACCAUUGUCGAAGAGCAUAAGAAGGGGAAGGACGUCACUUUUGUCUGGUUAGACAUGAAGAACCCGGAUUACUGUGAACCUCGCUUGAAUUGCUCGAUCGAGGCCCUUAGAAACCUAGCGCGAAAAACACUGGAACCAGAAGGUAUACGCGUCCUAUUCGGAUUCUACAAAGCUGAAAAGAGCCGCGCGUUAAAAGUGAUCCGCGAGAAGUUGAAUCCUUACGAAGCGGUAAGCUUGAGCGGCAAAGCUAGCGCUGUUUUGAAGGAGUAUGAGGGCAAAGUGGCAUCAGGGAUCCCAGUGGCGCAAAGAGUGAUGGACUACGGCUAUUACAAUCUCCGCUUUGAGUUUGGAGGCUGCCAUGAGGGAGGCUAUUACACCUGUACCGAAUUGCGUCAAGGUGCCCAACUGCGGGAUGAAGGGAAACUUGGGAAAGUGUAUGGAUGGACGAGCUCAAGCGGGCAGGUCGACCUCGUCAACCAGUUGCUGGGCACCGCCGGUGUUGACGGCAUCAUCUAUGGCUUUGAAAUGACUUACUACUAUGACGACGUUCUCACCUGGAGAGCCGCAUUAGAUAUUCUGACGUGGGUCAAGGAACAUGGCAACACCCACCGUAUGGCUACCAGAGCUGAUCCUCCCUGGUAGUUCUAACAGUGUGAGGAGGUUUACCUUGUAUUUAUAGAAACUACUAGU